AUGGAUUUUAUGAAACCAGAAACCGUGCUUGACUUGAACAACAUCCGUCAGGCGUUGGUUCGAAUGGAAGACACCAUCGUGUUUGACUUGAUUGAAAGAUCGCAGUUUUUUCUGAGUCCAUCAGUCUAUUCUCAAUCAAAAUUUCAAUUGGGAGACUUUAAAGGACUGUUUUUAGAAUGGCUAUUAUUACAAGUAGAGCAAACCCAUUCACAAGUCAGAAGAUACGAAGCCCCCGACGAAACGCCAUUUUUCCCCCAACAAUUAAAACCUUCAAUCUUACCCCCAUUAAAGUACCCGAAGAUAUUGGCCAAUUACUCGGACGAAAUUAACGUUAAUCAAGAAAUCUUAAAUUUCUAUGUACAACAAAUUGUACCUCAAGUCAGUUGUAAUGACGCAGAACAAGAAGAAAACAGUGGGAGCGUUGCCUGUUGUGACGUUGAAUGCUUACAAGCAUUACUGAGAAGAAUUCAUUUUGGGAAAUUUGUUGCUGAAGCCAAAUACCAAGCCGAUCCCAUAUUAUAUAAACAAUUGAUUGAAAAUAGAGACAUCAAGGGCAUCGAAGAGUCAAUUACAAACUCGGCAGUAGAAUCCAAGAUCUUAGAAAGAUUGGUGGUGAAAGGUGAAAGCUACGGAACUGACCCAACCCUCAAAUACAGCCAAAACCCCCAAAGUAAAGUCGAUCCUAAGCUAAUUGCCCGCUUAUAUAAGGAUUAUGUAAUCCCUUUAACUAAGAAGGUCGAGGUAGACUAUCUUUUAAGAAGAUUGGAAGAUGAGUAA